AUGGGAAGCUCUUAAUGUUGCUCUAGCUAAACUGAUGAGAAAUCUGAAAUCAUUAUUAAAAACGAGAUCGUUGAUAAGUCCUCCAAGAGAUCCAUUAACAAGUCAUCCAAAAAAUAAUAAGAGUAUUCGUUUACUCAAAUUAAGGGCUCCUAAUUCCAAGGAGAAACUAAUUGUCCAUUCCAAAAAAGAAGAUGAGCCAGCCACUCCUGGAUUUGCUGAUCUCAAAUCAUAUGGAAGCAAGCGUUCAGAAUAAUCUUAAAAACAAAUAUAAUUAGUAGCAGAAAUUGAUGUUAAUCCUGAAGACAUUUUAAAAAAUAAUGAGAAUAUUUAACAAAGUCCUAUCUAAUCAUAACGUUCUUUAAAGAAAAAAAGAAAAGAUGAUUCACCAAUUUGUGAUUUUCAACCCAAGAAUUCUCUGAAAUCUUUCGAUUCCAAAAAAUUGACAAAACUAAAAUCUUUGUCUGAACACAAAGUCAGAUUUGAGGAUAACAAAGAUAAUGAUAGUUAAAGAAGCAAUAGUGCAGACAAUAAAUCAGUCAAAAGCAUUAUGAAAUCAGAAUUAAAAUAUAGUCAAUUUCGAAAAAUGUAAACACAGGGUGAUGUAGAAUCUAGGAAGAAAGUCUAAUUUUCAAUUAAUAAAUGAUAAAACUAUAGUCAUUCUUUAUAUCUUAAG